AUGAAUCGGCACAAUUCAAAGAAACAUAAAGCAUUUAGAUCAAUAGGAGCGGAUGCCAGGUUUAUGAAUCGGGAACGCAAGGCCAGCGACUUCUCUCUGCGCAUCAACCCGGUGGAGCUCGAAGAUGACGGGGUUUAUCAGUGCCAAGUCUCACCGACGAACGACGGCCAGCCGGGACUGCGCUCCCGGUCCGCCAGGUUAAACGUCCUUGUGCCGCCCCAGAAGCCAAAGAUCACCCAGGGCGACUUUCUUAUCACGACCGAAGAUAGGAAACUCGUGCUUGAGUGCAUCAGCAUAGCCGGCAAGCCCCCGGCCAUUAUCACGUGGAUUGACGGCCUGGGCUCAGUAUUAAAUACAGGCAUUGAGACGCAAAGCAUACCGUACGAGGACGGACCGCUUUACACCGUCAAAUCGAUCCUCACUGUGACGCCACGCAAGGAACAUGAUAACACCACAUUCACUUGUCAAAGUCAGAAUCUCGCUAAUAGCGUACCACAGAGCGCAAAGCUGCGUGUCGAAGUCCGUUACGCGCCGAAGGUUUCGCUGAAGAUUUACCGGGGGCUUUCGCAAAACGAACGGAUACGCGAAGGAUCGGAACUUCGAUUCAAGUGUCGUGCCGAGGCCAAUCCACCUGACAUGAAGUACAAAUGGUACAUAAACAAUAAUCCGGCCAUUGUCGACCAUAUGACUGAGAUGGUGAUCCACAAUGUGACCCGCGAGUAUCAUGACGCAAUCGUCAAGUGUGAAGUGUACAACGAAGUCGGCAAAAGCGAGGAGACGAAAACACUGGACGUAACCUGUGAGUAUUGAGGGAAAGAAAACAAAAGGAAUAAUCAGCAAAACAAUACAUCACUCUUUGUUUUUGACAUGAGGGUAAAUGCUGGGGGCACAUGCGAUACGACAAUUAGCCUGA